AAAUAAUAUAAAAAUAUAAACAAAUAAUAAUCCAAUAAAUAUAAUCAAAAUUAGAGAUACUUUUCAUACAAUUAUAAUUAGACAAAGUGAUUAAAAAAAAUAAACAAGCAAAAUGAUGUAAAAAUGCAAGUGGUUGACUCAAAAUGCAUCAUGUAUUUCCUCAUUAAUUAACAAACAAAAUAUAUUAUAAAAAAAUUUCUUUAAAUGAUUUAAUUAUUUUUUUUUUUAAAUUAAAUAUAUUAAUUUUGUUAUUUUAUCAUUAUUAACAAUGGAUGAAAUUUUUUUUCGACUCAACAAUCAACUAGAUACAAUUCAGAUUGAAGGAUCUGCAAUUGUACAACAAUUAUAUCACUGGUUACUAUCAUGUUGUUCUCAAAGUAAACAAUUUUUAAAUUCAAUAAAUAAUGAAUUUAGUAAUUAUCAAUUUAAAGAUAUUGGUUCAAUAAUAUCACAGUUUGUAAAUAAAUUAAUUGAACAAAUUAGCCAUCAAUACACAAGUAUAAUAAUUAACUCACGAGAUAUUUAUCAACAAUUUGGAAGUUAUUGUUUAAAUGACGUUACAAGAAGAGACAUUGCAUACUGCACAUUGGGAAUGACAAUUGGAGGACUUAUUGGUUACAGUAUUGGUUUUAAUUGGAGAUCAACUGCCAAACGAAUACAAUCAAUGAAAGCUCUUGUUUGCCAACAUUACAUUGGCUUUGAGGGUGUAACACUUGUUGAAGAUGCUGAAAUUCCAACAAUACAAAGACCAAAUGAAAUAUUAAUACAAGUCAAAGCAGCAUCAUUAAAUAUAAUUGAUGCAAAAAUAACAAAUGGUUAUUCAAAAUUUUAUCGAGGAUUAUUAAAUUCUGGGUUACAAAAAGAAUUACCAGUAACACUUGGACGUGAUUGUUCUGGUAUUGUCAUUGAAAUUGGACGUAAUGUUGUUAAUUUUGAUAUUGGUGAUGAAGUUUAUUUGGCAGUACCAUCAUGGUCAUCUGGUACAAUGGCUGAAUAUUUAGUUAUUGAUAAUAGUAAAGUUGCUAAAAAACCAAAAAAUCAAACUUUUGAAGCAUCAGCUUGUUUGCCAUACAAUGGAUGUAUUGCAUGGGAUGCAUUGGCAAAUAAUGCCAAGAUUACAGAGGGUAAUGCCAAAGGAAAAAGAUUUUUAAUUUAUGGUGGAUCAACACCAGUUGGAUGUUUAUUAAUUCAAUUGAUAAAACUUUGGGGUGGUCAUGUAACUGCUGUAUGUAAAUUUGAAGCAACAAAAGUUUUAUUAGCACUUGGUGCUCAUGUUAUAAUACCACUUGAUGAAUGUCAUGUUGAAAAAGAACUAGAACUUCAUGAUACGUUUCAUACGAUUUUUUAUACUGGAGAUUAUGGUGUUGAUCAAAGAUUAUUAAAAAGACAUUUACGUCUUGGUGGAAAUAUUAUUUCAACGGUACCAGAUAAUUUAACAUCUGAUUCAUUUGGAUUUAUUAUUGGAAAUAUAUUUUCUGGAUAUAUUAGAUUAAAAAUUUUAUUUCAAUAUAUAUUUGGAAUUGAUAUUUAUCAUUGGAAUGAUGGAUCAAAAAUUAAUUCAUCAACUUUGGAUAUUAUUCGUCAACUUGUAAAUAAUAAUCAGUUGCAGGGUGUUGUUGGUGCUGCUUUUCGACCGAUACAUAUUGAUGAAGCUCUGCAUCAUGUUGUUAAUCCAAACGCAAUUGGAAGCACAAUUAUUAAAUUUUGAUUAUAUACAAACGUAAAUAUAACUUAGCUUUAAAUGAAAAAAACAGGGAAUGAAUAUAUAUGAAUUUUAAAAAUAAACAGCCGUUCCAUCAAUCAAAUAGGAGGCUUUUAAAAUAAAACUUAGGAUCCAUAUUUAAUUUAUUCAAUUUUUUUAUAUGGCAUUUUGAUAAUUUUGGGUAUUAAAUUUAUAAAAUACUUGUGAUAAAUUGUUGUUUUUUAUAAAAUUCAAUUACCACAUUUGCCUUUAUUGCAUUGUUACUUAUUACAAAAUGCUCAAAUAAAAAAAUAAACUAAAGAAAAUAAAAAAUAAAAUAUCUUCCAAUUAUCAUCAUCUUUUAUUUAAUUUUAUUUAAUUUAAAUUGUUAAUUAAGUUUUAGAAAAUUAUGUUAAUCUAUUUUAAAAAAUAAAUAAAAAAAAAUAAACUUUUAAACCUAUUUUAUUUAUAUAAAUACAAUUAUCACUUAAUAAUUAAGAUUUAAUUUAAUGAAAACAUUUGA